GUCACACGGUCCAUAUAGCAGCUGCCGCUGUGAUAUCCCCCCGUCCGCGGCGUUUCGUAUUGGCAACGGUAUCGGUGGUUAUUUUUUUUCGUUCUUGACGUUCUCGUGUUUCACACCGUGUGUCUGUGUCCCCCGUGCGGUCGUGCCAGUGUCGUUUCCCGUCGCGUUCCGCAGUCGCGCGUCCCACACACGGUUCAAUUGGCAGCGCCGGACAGGACAGUCGGCCGUCUUCUCGUUAAUUUCCCGUCUAAAAGUUUGACGCCAGGUUUUUGGUAAGCACGAUAAUUAAUAAAUAAUAAUAAUUGUACCUGUUUACCUGUGUAAUGCUCGGUACCGAAACGGUCGGUCCGGUACGCGAAGAACCCCGACGUCCGAGUCGGCGCGAUAGCCGUAGGUUUUUAACGAUUUUUCCCCCGGUCGCGUGUUCAUCGAUCGAAAGCACGGACAUCCCCAUUAGUUUUAUUGUUAAUAUUAUCCGUCGGUUUUGUUUUUGUUUACGCCGAACAGUUGUUAAUCUAGUUUACCGGCUACUGUUUUCUCUACACUCAUUUCUUUUUUUUUCCGUCUUUUGAAAGUGGUGUUGUAAUUUGUUUUUUUCCGUGGGAAUCAUUAACUAAGGAAGUUGUGGAACUAAACCUUUGACUUGUUGCGCAAAAUCACGUCGGGUAGGUAACGAGGAAAAGUAAAAAAAAAAAAAACACUAUAGCUGCACUAUUUAGACGUUAUUAGACACUUCACACUUAGGCGGUGCAUUAAAAUACUGCACCCCGUUUAAGACCCGGUCGAUUAUUGUUGCACUUCGCCCAAUAUGUAAUUGUGUUUUAAAUGGUUUUGCUUUUCGCCAUUGAAAAAAAAAAAAUCUCCCCACGGGAGUGCGAACAUCUUUAUGUUAUUUGAUAACGCGCGUGUUUGUCGAUUCGUGCAUGUUUAUCACACGUAUCUUGGUUAAGUCACACACGGACAUUAGACGCGUGUUAACGGGCAAAAAAAAAAAAAAUGUAUUUAGUUAGGUAGUUGGUAUCGAACUUUAUACAGCAAUUUCGAAGACCACCGCGUCACGGUCAAAUGUGAAGAAAUAUUCGAAAAACAACUAUAGAUAGAUUUAAGCGAAAACGACAAACUUCCAUAACUUCCUCAUUAAUGGUUUCCGCCAAAAAGUCCAAACACUUUUCAAAUCGUUGUCAAAAAACACAUAUUUUCAGAAAAAAAAAAAAAAAAUUGAAAAAUAAAAGGUGUCCGGUAAAUUAGAUUUUUUGUACCGUUUACUCGGACCCGACUCGUUUCAUUGCUGUUGGCGAACGAUUCUCCACCAAAAAAAAAAAAAAUUACUCACGAAUCCCCGAAGUAAAUUUGACGUAAUAGAAUUUCGAUUAAAAACAAUUUAUAAAUCAAUGAAAAAUGGUUUUGCCAACCACCGGGCGUCUUACCACAGUUACUCCGAGUUUUUAUGUACCGGCAGGCUCGUAGGCUCGUAGGCACGUCAUUCACAUAUUAAAAUUAUAAAGCUCGAUAUAAAAUAUACAAAAACCCAUUUUUUUUUUUUUCAAAUAGCUGUAACUUUUUUAUUAGUUCAUAACUCAAAAAACACCUAUGACGUUUCCUUCAAAAUAUUGUUCUCUGUAACUUGCUUAACGGGUAACUUUGCUCUAAAAUCGAAAUUAAGCUAUAGUUUUACUUAUUCCGCGUAAACGUUGUUUUUCGCGUGUUACCCGAUGGUUGACCGAGACAGUAAAUGCGGGUGUAACCCACUCUUAACAAAAAUACUUAGAGUAACCAAAAAAACUCGGCCAAAAAUAUGCAGCUGUGGAGGCCAGUUGAUUUAAAAACGUAUUUAGUUGCGAUAGAACAUUUGGAUUUCGUGUCACGCGGACGUAUCAGAAUUCGUUUGUGAUGCUCCGGAACUGCACACAUGAGUCAAAGUCCUUUACGAUAUAAAUAAUAUAGCUGUGUUAUAUAAUCGUAACAUUAUAUUGAGAUCCGGUUAAUAUUGCCGGUACGCGAGUCGUUUUUUUUUUUUUUUUUCCGUCUGUUAAAAUACUUAAACGAUUUUUAAACCGGAUGAAACAAUAAAGGCGGCCACAUCAGCUACGUCCAUAUUAUGUAAUAAAAUGACAAUGAAUUCGGACUUAUUUACAACGGAUGAAAUAGAAACGUUUAGAUUCUGAGCGGAGCGAGGAACGUAUUGGUUUCAUAAUGAUGUUUAUUUUAUUAUUUUUUAGAUUCUGAGUGUAGCGGAGAAUGUAUUGGUUUUACUUUGAUCAUUUUUUUCUUUUUUUUUAUUCUGUAUACAAACAUUUUACCAGAAAUCUUGCUCAGAUAUAUACGCGCGGCACCAUUUCUGAAAAGGAAUGUUAUCCGGGUGGCACUUUUGGGAGGUCAUUUUUUUAUUUUCCAAGCGGUUUUCAUAAUAUUUGGGAAAAACAAGGUUAGACAAAUUUAUGAAAAUAAUGAUUUUAUUGUUUUUCAAUUUUGUUAUUUGUUGUAAUUCAGUUAAAAAUAUUCGUAGAGACUUGAAAUUUAUUUGUGUAGCAAUGGUUUAUCGUUGCUUAUCUGUAAGCAUACAUUAAAUUACCUAUAACAGUGGCUGCAUCGGUCUCCAUUAUUCUAGGACGUCUUUUUUUAAUCUGUUAACAACUUUUCUACCAAAAAUUUCUCUCUGAUUUUCAAGUAUAGUAUUAUUUCUAAAAAUAAAUCUGACUGGGACGGUACUUUAAGGUGGUAAUUUUUUUUUCAGGAGUUUUCAUAAUAAAUGAGAUAAAACGUAGGAAAAACGGGAAAAUGUGUUAUGACCUAUCAAAAUAUGUGUAACCGAAUUUCGUUCAGAAUCGUUGUUCGUUGGCUGUAAUUAAUCUUUUCGUAGUUUCUUCGUAUAUCUCUUCGAUAUAUAUACAAUUUUCCCUGCACCUUCCCAACUUUUCACUUACAACAGUUGUCCACCCUCCACCCAAAGUGCAAAGACUGUCCGUUUGGUUUUUUUUGUUUUGUUUUGGCAUUGUAGUUUCUAGAAAAAUAUAUUUAUCUACAAAUCAAUCCAUAACAAGUGUUUUAUAAUAAAAGCUAAACAACGUGACAAUUUCAAAUGCUAAUAAAUAUAGGUACCUAGGUCGCUCAAAUCAUUUAUCGUGUGUAUAUAAAAUAAUCAAAAUAUCCAUUUACUAUGAAAAUUUCAUAAUUUUUAACCGAAUUGAAGCAAAAGAACAAAUCCAAAAAAAAUGAAACCGUACUGCCGUAAACUGUCUUGUUUUUCUCAGUUUUUCCCCGGGUUUCUCGUAACUGUUAAAAAAUUACAAAGAAAAUCAAGAUAUCAAAAUGAGCUAUACUGCUUAAGAACACCAACUAGAGACGAUUAGCUUUCAGAAAAAAAGGUACACUUGAAAAUCGAAGCAAUAUUUAUGAUAGUGAGUUGUUAACAGACAGAAACAAAUGCGCACAUCAUAAAGUAAAAUCUAAACGUGAAAAAUAAUAAUUUUCAAAGUUUAAGCACGUAUCUGCAGUGAAAUCUGAAACGCAAAACGAUCUAUAAACAGUAUCUGAUACAUGUCGGUUAAAAAGUAAAAACUGUAUAGUAUUCUGCAGAGUGUAAUAUCGUUCAUAUUAUAUUGUAUCCCCCGUUUAAUUUUUCUUUUAAUUUGUUGGUAUACUGUACCUAUACAAUAUACUACAGACGUUAUUAUUUGUUAAAUAAAAACACAAAAAUAAUGAUGAAAUAUGAUGAACAAAGUCGUAUUCUUCAAUCGUCGUCUACAUAUAAAAUCGUUUACUUCGUUGUUACGUACUAAUUCAUUAUACAAUAUACUAUAUACUUAUACAAUGCAUGUAAUUUGGGGAGUUUUUUUUAAAGUUAUGCGAUAUCUCCAAUACUACAUAUAUAUUAUAUUAUAUUACUAUUAUAGAUAACGCAUCGAAAUACAUAAUUGUUUAACAAAAAAUACUACAGCAACCCUCGUUGUAAAUUUAGGUAAAUAUAAAAAAAUACGGUUUAUAAUUCUAGAUAUCUAUAAUACAUAAGUAUACAGAAUAUAUAGAAAAUGUUAUACGUAAUGCUUUUUUUUUUUUUUUCGUCAUAUUGAGUAUAUUUAUUUUAUUUUAGUUAUUGUUUACUACCUACUGCAGUUAUUAUAUUGUCUAUACAAUACAUUUUUCGAUUGAAGCAAUUGCCUAUUAAAUGUGUUCAACUUUUUUUUAACACAAAUCGCAAUAACCGUACUUGUGUUUAUAUAUAACGGUACAAUGAUAUUUUUAUAUAGUUUACACCGUUAUAUAAAUACAAACAUGGCCAUUGCGAUUUGUGUGAAAAAAGUUUAAUAUAAUUGUAAUACCUCUAAUAUGUUUAACUGUAUUAUGAAAGCAUUUACAUAUAUAAAAUAUUAUAAACAGUAACAGUACUUCGGAUUAUGUGCACUAGUAUUAUAGGUAUAUAUAGAUUGUAAACUGUGAAAUGGCGAUGAUGGAUAUAGAUAUGUAGGAGGGGGACAAUGAUAAGAUGAGUAGCUAAACUUGCGUGGGAAUGUGACGUAAAACCGGUGGAAAAGAAGAUUUAAAUAUUGUGAAUAGUAUUAUAAUAUAUUAGCAUGUGUUGUAUAUAUCAUAGUCAUGUAAAACGUAUGUUAACUUUCUAUUUUAUAUAGGUAGCAUUAUCAAUAGACUAAGCAUAUAACGUACAAGUAUAUAACUUGUGCGCAUCAGAUCUAUGAGUUUUAUACUCACACUGAUUAUUGACCCCCCUCCUCCCAAUCAAAAAUCAUGACUACGCCACUGUGAAGGUUCGUGGUAUUUCACCCCGGAUCCAUAUAAUAUCGAAUAUACAAUAUUAUAUCGUAUUACCAAUGUAAAUUAUAAGAAUGCAAUCUAACAUUAUAAUACUAUUAUACCUAUUGUAUCGCAGUAAUACUCGUACUUAUGGAUUGGACCGUUUUGGGUCCUGCAUGUCAUACAUAAAUGGAUACAUAUAUAGAAAAGUAUACGAAAAGUAGGUUUAUAUUACAGUGUCCUUGUGACACCUCGAAUGCGCCACUGAUUUAGACGUACGUAUAUAAAUUACUGCAAUGACGUAAACCGAAUGCAUGAUUUGCGGAGAUAGUCGAGCAAAAGACUAUUGUAGAGUUUAGAAACAGUAAAUUAUUUUUUAGGACUCUAUAUAUGGGAAAAGUUAUUAAUUUAAACUUAGAUUUUAUCUCAUUAGACGCAAUCUGUCAGCCUCGAGGAUAUCAAAGAUUUUCUUUUUGUGAUAUAGCUGCAGGCUUAUUUUCGAGUGGAAAUUAUUGCCAUCAUAAUGACAUUACGCUUUAUAUCUAUUUUUGUACUUACCCAUGUUUUUGGCGAAUUCCAUACUUCUGGAACAAUAAUCUGAUACUGCGUUUGGUACUUCUUUUAUAACACCGUGUUUUUUUAAUAUAUCUGGUUAAUAUAUUUCGAUUACUAAAAAUUACAAAACAAUUUAAAACUCUUUAUAAAUUUGAUGCCGUAAUUUUAUUCAUGGUUUGAAGUGGCUAAAAUUACAAAAGGUACCUGUGAUCACUAUUUUAUUUGGAGCGUCCUAUGUAGUCCUCAAACCCGACAUCUUUUAAACGCACGUUUAAAAGAUUUCUUUUUUAACAUCUUUGAAAAAAUCUUAUCUUUUAUCAUGAUCAGAAUUAGGGAACUGAUUCCUAUAGUGUACCUCCACUACAGUAUACAACCUUUGGUAAUGUUUUUUCUAAAUUUCUUUAGACUCCUCACUCGCUCAGAAUUUCGUACGGCCGACAACCAAUUUUUGAGUUAUACGUAUACCAGCUAUAGUGUAUUACGAGACAAUACAUAUAACGAAUUUAGGUGUUGUGCUACAGAAAGGCGUGAAAGGUUCGUUAAUCAAUUUUUUGCUGUCGUGUACCAAAGUACCUAUAUUAUUAUAGUUCUCGUCGUUUGUAAAUUUAUAUAAUAUAAGAGUUCGAAAUGAAUUGCCCGCACUAUAAACCUACAAUAAAACAAUUAUUAUUUUCUAUGGUUUAUUUUUCUUAAAGUAUAUAACCCGCGGUGGCACCCUGCAAUGAUGAAAUAUAUGAUUCAGUCUCUUGACAAUAAUAAUAUAAAGUUAACACUUUUAUAUAAUACCUACUAUUGGUAGGCCGCAGAUUGUACUAUACAAAUAUGUACUCUAUCAAUAGAAAUUUAAUAUUUAUAAAUGGACUAACGAUGGUAAUGGGAUUGUAUUUUUAAAUAAUAAAACGCGUUUACACAAUUCGAAAAUCUUAAAAAGAAAUAUAAUACUAUUAUUGUAAAACAGCACAUUAUCUACAGCUAAUUCGAAUAGUUUAGAAUAUAGUACGAAUUAAAUUUUUCUAUUAUUAAUAUUCUUCGAGGCGUACAAAGUUCGUCUCGAUUUGAUGCUCGUACCUUUUAAUCUGGCGAUCCCCCUUCGAGGGCAGGGGGGUUGUCUUGCAAUGAUGAGUUUCACGUUUCUCUUUACUACAUCUUCCCAUCUUUUUCUUCGUUUUCCAAAGGGUCUUUUCCAGUACUAUAAGAAGUAAUGCAUUUUGGUUUCUUCAGGCGUGAUGACCUGACCAUCGUAGUCUCUUAUUUACGAAUUUAAUUUUAAAUCAAUAGUUUAUAUUUUAAACGUAUAAACUGUAUCUAUAUAAUAUUAUUUGGUCAUUAUAAUAACUAUUUUUUUAUUAUUAUUUUUUUAAAAUUUCGCGAUCUGGGCAUUUAUUUAUUAUACUAUUGUUUGACCUCUAAAUUGUUUAAUACCUAUACCGAAUAUUAUCGUAUAAAAUCACAUAACUUAUGCAAUAUUUUAAAAUAAUGUUGAUAUCAUUGAUAUUUAUAUAGGUAAAUUGAAUAAAUAAAAUAUAUUUUACUAUAAGCGAUUUUCUAAUAUUUGUGUAUUAUUAUUACGAAAUCCGAAGUUAUGCACGACUCGUAAGAAUUUACACAUUAUCUGGUUCAAUUUUAUCGUAUAUACCUGCAUUAUAUUAUAGUUGACCGCUAUGUUGUGAAAUUUUAUUUUUUAAAAUUAUGAAGUUUUUUAUAACUUAAAGUCACGUAGAAAAAAAUAGAAAAUAUUGUAAAAGUCAAUAGGUGUAGGCGUUAUGCUUAACACCAUAAUAAUAAUACUCGUUAGUGUUGCAUGCUAUCUCUUUUUCUGCGAUGCAUUUUUGUACAGACGUAUAGUGUAUAUAUCGUUUCUGUCUGUGCAGCUCAACAAAAUAACAUGUGAAUAACAUUUGAAAAGCAAACCGUAAAAUUUAAAUUUAAGUGGUUCAGUUAUUUUAGACGAAAAUUAUCAUACGAGAUAUUCGAACUAACUAUUAAUAUAGUAAAUAAUGUAAAUUUGAAUGCGAUUGCUUAUACAUUUCUCCCGGGCAUUUUUUUUUUCAAUUUUUCUUUUAUGGUUUUUUUUAACUAUACUGAGAAAUUCUAUAGGUUAAUUUUGCUUUCGUAUUAUUUUUCACAAUUGCAUUGUCUCGGUGUAAUAUAGAAAUAAUCGGAAAUUAUAAUGCUGUUUUAAACGUAUAUACUUGUUGCAGUGAUGUAAGUAUGUAUUGUGAAAAUUUGAAAAUCGUGCUGAACAAUAAGGUCAAGUUGGAUGUUAUCUGUGAAUGGCUUGAACUUAAAAAAAAAAAAUAAUAAGACGAUUUUCAAACGAAUCGUGAUCGCAUCGUAUAUAAUAUGAUGUUAAGUAACGAAAUCAAAUAUCCAGAAAAACGACUGAUGCAGCAUUUAUAACUUGGAAAAGUUGUUUAUUUCCAACGCAAAUCGUGAUCAUAGUUUUCGCUUUGAUACCUUGAUAAAUUCGCAAUAAGUUAAAAAUAUGGGAAAAUAAUAUCUAAUUUGUUUGUCGGACAUUUUUUAAAUGUCUGAUAACGCGAAUCCGCGGUCUUUAAUAAUAUUGAAUAAAAACACGUUUUGUAAAAGUAUUUAAAUGCAAUUUAAUAUAAUAUUAUACAGGUUGUAAACAUAAGUAUUAUUUUUUUCAGUUUUGGUCGUCAAAUAUAAUGGAUAUAAUAUCUAAGUGAGUUUGAAACUUCGAUUCAAUACAUUUCUAUGUACACAUAUCAGACGUUAUUAAAAUGUAAUUAUAUACAGUACAUAGAUAGACAUUUGUAUACAUUGACUUAUAACUUAACUAUAUAAAUAAUAUAUUUAAUAUUACAUAAACGAAUAAUGAAUAUCAUUGCGAAUUAUUUCCACAUUAAAAAAAUCCAAAUCUUUUUUCCAUACGUUUUCUAUUUAAAUAUGUCCGUAUUGUCGUUAGUACCGAAUGUAUAAAGCAGUUUGAAUUAUUAUUACUUUACUGUAAUGAUGAAAGUCAUUGGCGGGAUUAUAGACUUUCAUGGCAGUAGUUUUAAGCAAAUAUUCAAAUUCCGCUCGAGCUUAAUUAGGAUCACUUCUUUUAAAUGCACCCAGUGGCGUAACUAUAAUAGGGCAAAGUGAGACAGUGCUCCGGGACCCCAAAGCUCGAGGGGGGGGGGGGCCUCGGAUAAUUCUAAAAUUAUUUCCUUAAAAUAAUUGCAAAUUUUGAUGUAUUUAAUAAUGAAUGUUUUAAAUCUUACGUGGUAAUUUCAGUCACGAUCAGUAUUUAAAUAGAAAAUAAUACACACAAUAAUAUUUAUUAUUUUCAUUUGUGGUUCCAUAGUAAGUAUUUAGAUUUAAAAAAGCAUUGUUACGUGUAGGUAUAUUUCGAAUUUUCAUAAAGAUUAUAUUAGUAUAUAGAGUUUUUUAAUUGCCGCGGGGCCCUUUCUCAUCUAACAACGCCACUGAAUGUGCCACCGGUAAUUAGGACUUUGUAAGUACAGAAUUUCGAUAUUUUUAGACCAUAAAUACUCGUGUACAUGUCUACACAAUCAUUUAUAAUACUAGAUGUACAUAUACAUUUACAGCGAAAGCAUCUGCGUAUUCUGCUUUUCCCGUGUAGUACCGCCUAUUAUCGAAAUUAAACUAACGAUCAAUCGAUCAAUUUAUAGUAUUAAUAAUUUGAUUAGUUUUGCAAAAUUAUAUAAUAUAUUAUUAUUUCGCGUGAAAUAUGGAUUAUGCAUAAUUCGUAAUGCAUAUCAUACGCGACUGUUUUGUAUUUUCACUACGGCCUGAAUACGAUCACAAUAAUAACUGUCGUAUACGUACACCUAUAAUAUCCGCCUGUAGAUUAUGUGCACCGUAAGGUGUAUAAUAAUAUAUAAUCAUUAUAUUAUUAUUUCGAUAAUGUUCAAUUAUUUUGCUGCAGCCGUGUUAUUUAGAGGAAUUAUUACUUUCAUCUUUUGUAUACUUAUAUCUUGUGUCUUUUGGUCACUGUAGUGAUAUAUGUGGGACAAGGCUCCUGUUUCAAUCUGUUUUAUUGUUUCCUAUGUACAUACACUUUUAAAUGCGCAUUGUGUUUUAUGUGAAAUAUUAAAUAUGAAUAUUUUUUGACUUCGGCCGAGUAACUGCAUAAAAUAUUAUUAAUAACCCCCGUAAUAAUAAUAAUAUGUUAACAUUUUUGCGGUUCACUUUCUCCUGCCGCAGUUAUUAUCGAAGGAACGUCUACGAAAAUUUAUCUUUCUUUAUACAGUAGGGUACCUAUUAUAUAGAUCGACGUGCUAUUAUAGUUCUUCUAAAAUUAUAUUUGAUUCUUUACGUUAUUCGAAAUUCGUUUACGUGUACAAUUAUUAUUGUAUUUGUAUUAUAUUUACAGUAACGAUAUUAUGAAUAUUACUCGUAUACUCAGGAGCGUCCUUAUGGGAGGGGGGCGAUGGGUGAGAUCUUCUUUAUGAAAAAAUGUGAACGAUUUUUGUUUUCAAGCUGACGAAAGUCAACUGUUGUUAAUUUAUUAAGUGAUAUUUAUAGCUUGUUAUUUAAAAUAUUAUAAAAUAUUUGGACAUAACUGUAUGAUGAUUUUUAGGGCCUUAGUUAUUAUUUAAUUUUGUUUUCGUAUAAAUAAUUAUAUAAUUGAUUUGUGAAAUUCUCCUAGGGAUAUAAAGUGACAUACCUAACCUGUACUUGCAGCCGGGGUUAUGAACUCACGAAUAAAAGUAUAAGUACACAUUCCCGUUUACCGCGCGCGUGAUGUGUCAUACCGGUUUUCCCUCCUGACACUCGUACACGACGGCGCGUUAUUUUCAUGGUCAACUUGUGCAUAUUUUAUACCCAAGUGCCAAAUCAAUAUCAUUAUGCACACUAAAUGUAUAAAUGUGAUUUAACAAAAAAGAUAUCGACUUACGAUCGGUAAGACGCGCAAAAGUUGGGUUAACAUAUUAGCUAACUAUACAUAUUAUAUAGUUACUGUGAUAAUAAUAAUAAAAAAAAAAAAGAACUGAAAAAUAUGUAGAUAAAAUUAAAAGUAAAAGUAUUUGAUGUAUUUUAUAUGUAUAAGUAAAUAUAUUAUAAUUGAUUAACUUUCUCAUAGAUAAAUCAUUUUAAUCGAUAUGUUUUUUUUUAUUAAAAACUAUUUUGUUUUUAAUAACUUCAGCAACUUUGAUCAUUAUAUAACCACAUAACAUUUGGUUAAAAAUUAAAUACUGUACAUUGUGAAACAUGGGCAAUAAAUAAAUUGAUAGAAUGACUUAGUUAUUUUCAGGAAUCUUAUCGUCUGUGCUGUUUCACGAUAUUUUCGAUAUUUACACUGAUAAGCCAGAGGAUAUAAUAAGUAGCUUGUGGGUUAUGUAAAAUUUGAAUAGGUCUUAAUUCUGUUAGCAUAUUAUGUGCUCAACCGUUAGGCUGAUGAUGCCACAGUUGGAUCGACUUGAGGUUGUUCCUUUGCCCUUUCCCGCGUGAGAUUUUGUUGAAUGUAAAAUAUUUUUUUCCAUUUUAAUGGUUGAAUACCAAUAAACAUAUAUGUAUAUAUAUAUAUAUAUAUAUAUAUAUUAUACAUAUGUUUACUCAAUAAUCACAGUAUAUAAAAAAAAAAUUGAGCAUUCUGAAAGUACAAAGUAAAUUUAUAAGGUUAUCAUACAGCUACUAUUUUUAUGUAUUUGACAAUCAGUUAUAAUAGGUACUUUAAAGUUUAUAAAAAAAGAAAUUAUAAAACUAUUUGAUUUUUUAAUUUUUUUAUGUACUCAGACAAAGAAUACCUACCAGCUGUUGAGGAAUGUGUAUAUGUGAAUGCAUACAGUGUGAAAAUAUUGAAUGGUGAAUGAGAAUGCAUUACUUUUAAAAGGAAUCUUUUAAACACCAGAUUUAUUUUAUAUGAUUAAAUAAAUAUUGUUACUAUUUUUAUCGCACAUGAUAUAUUCGGUUUUUUUUUUAUACAUAUAUACCGAAUAACACGUGUGAAAUAGAAUAAAAGUUAUGAAAUAUACAUAAUAUUAAAUAUAUUGCAGUGAUUUCUAUGAUUUUUACCGCUAAAACACUCUUACUGGAGGAUAUUUUUAAACACGAGUAGCUGCGAUAGUAUAUACUUUAAGUUUUUUAUAUUUUCAUCAGAUACGUUUACUGGGACGUGUUAUUUUUUAAAUAUCAUGGAUUGCUGCGGAAAACAAUAAUCGUAGUAAAAUUAAAUCGAUUAUUAAAAAAAAAAAAAAAUAGAUAUACCAUACACAUCGUAUUAUACGACUUAUUAUGUACAACGACAUCAAUAAACGACCCGUGCGAUAAUGUGUCGUCCAUUGCCAUUGUGAUAUUAUUUUUUUUUUCUAUCCAGUGGCAAUUGGCCAGAACGAUACUGUAUAUUAUAUGUUAAUUGGAUUGGGCCGGCCUUUUUUAAUGCACUAGUGACGAGUUCCCCGGCAUAUAAAAUAAAUAUAUUAUAUACAUUAUUAUACAUUAAUCCUCAAAUCCGUGUAUAAUAGUCGUUAUAUAUACGGUCUAUGCAGAAAUGAUUAAAGAUAAUCUAAAUUUAUAAUGCAUGCAUAAUUAAUAAUUAUAUACCUAUGUAGGAAGGUAUUAUAGCUAGGUAUGUUAUUAUUUUGUCAAUUCGUCUCCGUUAAUACAAUUCAAUAUUUUAAAAUGUAUAUAAUAUACCUAUUCAACAUAAUUUUAUUUUAGUCUAAUAAAACCUUUUAAAAAUAUUCCAAUUGUCCGAACAAAAUUCGUGGAUAACCACUUAUCUUUAUCUAUAUACUUAUACAUAUCUAAUAGUAUUAUUUUCAGUACAAAAUUCUAUUUCUAUAACUAUCUGUUAAAGUGCCCGGAGGGGGGCAAGCAUUGAAAGACGAAGUCUUCUGUUUUAUUUAAGUUUAAAUUAUCCAUUCCCUUUAGUAUAAUUCGUUGAGGUCUGGAAGAUUGUUCAAUACUGGCUUACACAUUAUAGGUUCAGCUAUAGAACAGGCAUAAUAUAUUAUAUAUAUUAUAAGUACAAUAAUUUUUGACGGUGGGUUUAUAUUUAAAGCCUAUUGAAUUCUAUAUCAUUUUGUUUUAUCCUAUUUUGUACAAUAUUGUUAUGAACAAAUGUGUAUAAGAGAAUAAACAUUUUGAAAGUUUUGACUCCGCGGGUUUCCAAAAAAUUUCGUUGGAUUUAGUUAAUAAUUAGUUAAUAAUCAGGUACGAUCCUCAAUUUUCGAUAGUCCUCCCCCUCCGACAUUUUUCUUUAACCAAUGCCUAUAACCUGAACGCGUGUAUAUUAUUAUAGUUACAAUUGUUUUAAAAUUGUGAAUUAUCGUAGUCUGUAUACAUAUUUAAUGAUGUAUGUAUCUAUUAUUAAUUAAAAAAUAUACUAAAUUCUCAGCUUUUAAACUCGUUUUAAACAACAAAUUAUAAUUCUAUAUUAUAAAUGAAAAUUAUAUAAUACGAUCAUGUGUUGGAAACGUAAUUAAAUUAAACGCGGUUAUACGGGCUCAAUUAUAUCAGAUCAAAUUGAUUUUAGAUUUUGAGCGUGGCGAAUGAGGGGAUCUAAUGGAUUAACUAUGAUGUGUGAUGGUGGUUUUAUUAUUUUAUUUGUAAAUAAAUUUACCAGAUGUCCAGAUAUUUCUCCGAUUAAAAAAUAACAAAAAACCUUUUUUGUUAAAUUUUGGAUUUAGUUGGUGAGUAAAAGAUUUUUUUGAUUUUCUAAACAGUUUUUAUAAUAAUUGUGAAAAAACUUAGGAAAUACAGGAACGUUAAUGAUAUUAUAAUAUAGUUUCGUUAUUUUCGAUUUUGGUUUAUAUUGUUAUCGGUUAAACAUGAUCGUUGAAUGCUGAAAUGCCCAUAGAAUACUUAUAUUAGCCUUUUCUAGACGCGGUAAAAUGUUUAAAUAUUAUUGUGACGAUUUUUAUAUAAAUAGCUAAACAGCUAUUCAUAGGCAUUUUAUAUUUUCGAAUUUUAAAAUUGUUUGACCAAACAGAAAUGCUCAAAAAUUUAACACAAGGUUCAUUAAUUGAUGUUCUUGGAAAUAAUAAAAAAAAAAAUUGAGCGUUAUGCAAUGAUUAUUUUUUUUUAUAAUCGUUGUAAAAUCAAAUUUUAACGAAAAUCGUAAAUAUUGCGGCGUUUGAACUCGCGUUUAGAAACUUAAAACUUAUCUAUAAUGCUAGUCGUUAACUAAGAAACAUAAUAUCAUUUACAAUGAUAACGAGCAUAGAUAAUCUAAAAACAUUUAAAGAAAAAUUCUUUCGCUCUUUCGAUACAUUAUAAAUGUAAUACUGUAGACCGAUUAUAGAGAUGUUUGCGUGUAAAUUUAUAGGGUUUUAUUUUUAAUUUUCAGCGGCCAGUAAUUAAUAAUGAACGAUUACGCGGCUUGAAUGGAAUACGUACCCACUUGACUUGUUCGUGUGCGUGCGCGAGCUAACAGGAUAUAUGUCCGUGCAGCAUACUCCUCUUCUACGUAGUACCUACUUAUAAUAAUAUGCUCGUGCGCUUUUAAUAUAUUAUUCAAUAUUGCUUAAUAUCAAAUUCUUUUGAAACUGUCCGCUUUUAUAGUCGUCUCAAUUAAGACAAUUUAUUCUACUUGGGUACUUAAUAUCGCAUCCAUUUGCAUCAAGUAAUAUUGAAUUUUAAGUAUCCUAAAACCGUAUGCGUUGUUAUACCUGUCUAAUUAGUAUUACCUAAUUAGUAAUAUAGUUGAUUUUUUAAUUUGUUAUUUAAAAUACGAAACUGCGAAAAAAUGUCGAGUAUGAAUGAUAGCUGUACAAAUAUAGGUACCUAAUAAUAUUUAUUUGUAUCAGAUUUUUAAACAUGUUUUUACUAUUGUAAUAGACGAUGAUGUAUAGACUUUUAGCGUUAAUAAAUUAUGUUUAAUUUUUUUUUCACCUGGCCAAAGUUUUUUUUUUAUUAGCAGAGUUUAACAACUUUUCUUUUUUUAAUUUAGUAGAAACAAAAAUUGUUAUUGUAUAAUUGUCUUUCUGUACAGUUUCUAAUCAUAGUACACUAUAAUCAUCAAUUACAUAUGUGUAAGUAGGUAUUGAAUUUCAAAUUUAUAAAUAUUACAUUGUAGAUACCGGUUAUUACAAUUUUUGUACAUAAAUCGCAAAACAGCUUUUUCUCAGAUUCAUACAUGGAUAUAAAAAAAAAAAGAUUAUAAAGCAAAAUUAAGUCCCGGUUGGGUGUCUGAUUAUAAUAAUAAGUAAUGGUUAACGUUUGUACUAUAACGUGUAAAAAGUGAAAAUAUAUUAUCUCUAUAGCCGCAGGAGAGAAGAUGUCACGAUUCCUCUGUAAGGUCAUCAGGUAUUGCAUGAGGUUAAGAUAAGGCAUUGUGCUUUGCAAUAACAAAUUCUAAACGUGCUUUUCAUCAUUAUCCCUUCUAUAUUAGCUACACUAGUAUAGAUAACUGUUUUUUUUUACCAUUAAAAUGUGAUGUUCCAUGAUCGUAUAAAUAUUAUACGAUGUUACAAAAAAUUCAGGAAAUUUAAAAAAAAAAUAAUAAUAUAACUUUAGUUCGAAUAUUGUAAAUUAUAAUGUAUAGUCGAUAGGAACAUCAAAAAUACAAAUAUGUCAUGUUUCAUACAAGAGAAAAUAAACGAUUGUCGGUCAAGUUAAGAACUAUCAUUUUUAGAUAAUCAAUCGUCGUACAAACAUAUAUAAAUAUAAAUAUAUAUUUUAGAGAACAAUUGUGCCACGUCGUUUUUAUUAAGGAAAAAUUUUUUGCACAGUUAUACAUUGUGCAUUAUACUUGAAUAUCUAAAAACAUUACCCCAAACAAUGAUUUUCGAUUGGGUUGUUCAGACAUGAUACACAGUUUCUAAGAAAAGUAAAAGUAAUUGUUGCAUAGACACCAUACGUAUACAUUUAUUAAAAUUACGUCUAAAUUUUUUUUUUUUUAUAGAUUUGAAAAAAAAUAAAAGGCUGCUACUGCUGAUAUAGGUUUGUCAUUAUAGUUCUAGAACUGAACUUGAAAGGGAGGAUAUACAGAGUAAUUAAAUUCAUAAUUGUUGCAAUGAUUAAUGUUCGUUAAUAAUUCGUUGCUAACGAAAAAUCAUUCUGCGCAGAAUAUUAUUAAUUAUAUUAUUUACUAAAGUUAUACAAAAAAUAUCAAGUUUUCCCUUUUACUUAUCAAGAAACCUACAAGGAAAAACAAAAAAAAUGACCUCCCAGUGCACAAAACUAUGGACAAAAAUAUACUACAAUAAAGUUUCUAUAAAGUAUUCGAUUCGAGCACGAUUUCUGGUAGACCCAAAAAAACAUCAUAUCGUAGUAAAAUAUAUUCCUUCAUUUCACUCAGAAUUUAAAACUGCUGAAUCAUUUGAGAAUAAAAAUUGCCAUCGGGACUUUAAUAAUGUCUACAAAUAUCGUUUCAUUCUGGGGGAUUGUCUGGGAUUGUUUAUCGAAAUUAACGGUGGCUCCAAUUACAUAAUAUAACCGGAGGGAGUGAGUUUGGAGAAAAUGCAUAUUAAUUAUUUUCGGACGUACCUAAGUGCAUUCAUAAUAUAAAUUAUGAUUAAUGACUACUAAUAACAUAUUGAUUAUGUGGUACAGUUUCUUUUUUGUUUUAAUUAUUAAUUACCAUCUAUGUUUCUAUAAGGUUAUUACGUUUUGUACAUUCUAUAGAAUAGACAAAAAUAUUCCUACUUCAUCGCUGGCCCACUGGAUUUCACUUUCUUGAACGAAAAGUAUGUUUUUAUAAAAAAGGUUAAAAUGAAUAAGUGCAUUAUACAAUUAUCAUUACACCAAUAUUAUAUUAUUUUUUUCUGUAGAAUUGAGUUUAAAAUAUUGUGAAAUAGGUCGUAUACCUUGAAAAGUCAUCGAAAAGUUUGUAUCGAAAUACUAUUAGCCAUGUAACAUAGAACUUACAUAUAUACUCGUAUUAGUAUAAAAAUAGAAUAGUUAAGCGUUUACAUUAAAAUAUAGUUCACUAUAUACCGAAAGAUUAAAACAAUAAAAAAAAAAAAUGUAUACAGGGUGUUCCACGAAUAUUCGACAAAUGAAAUAACUUUUGUUUCGUUGAAUGACUCUUCUAUUUUAUAUUUUUUAAAACUAAAUAUAAAAAAGGAUUUUUUAAAAUUCAAAAUAGCCAUUUUAUAAAUAUAUUUUGAAACUAAAUGUCAAUGUUAAAAAUGUAUUUACCAAUGAUGAAUCGUUAUGUUUCUACAGUUUUUUGAUGUUUACAAAAAUCUAUAGCAAAUUUAUUUUUUAAUACAAAAAAUGUGUAAUCAACUACAAAACAAAUUUGUUAAUGAUUUUUGUAAGAUUCGACUAUUUUUAGAAAUUUAACGAUUCAUCGUAUUAGUAAAUAUUAGUAACGCCAACAUUUUGGUUCAAAAUAUAUUUGUAAAAUGCUUGGAUUUUGUAAAAAAAAAAAUUCAAAAUAUUGAACAGAACAAAAUGUAUUGCAUUAUCGUAUCUUCAUGGGAUAGGUACCCUGUAUGUAUUAUAAAUUGUAAUCAUGUUUUUGGAGAUUAAAUUCGAAUUUGUGUUAAUUAAAACGAAACGUUAUUCAUAUUUAUCUAAAAUGUUUAUCUCUAGAACGCCGCAGUUAUCGUGUAUAGGAAAUAAGAUUAAAAUAAAGCCUAUGUACAUCCUUUGGGUUUGGAGCCAUUGCCCUCCUAUAAUAUUAUAAUAUUAUAGUGUAUGGCAUUCAUUUUCAUUUUAUAAUGUAUGUACCUAAAGCAAUUUAUAUAAUACAUUAAUUAUGUAGGUAUUAAACUAUUAUUAUACGUUUAAACAAUAGAAUUUUAUUACAUUGACCGAAUAUUUUAGUCGUUUAUGUAUUAAUCAAUUCACGGGUUUCCCGAUUCAAAACAAUGGAUGGUCUCGAAUAUUAUUUUUUUUUUUUAUAUUAUAAAAUACGAAUCAGUGAUGAGUAAUUGUGUUUAUAAUUGUAUGAAUAGGUAACAUAUUAUUAUUAUAAAUUGCCCAGGUGUUCAAUUCAAAUUUACUAUUCCAUUAUUACAAAGUACAAAUAAUUACUUACAUAAGUACACUUAUAUGAUUAUCAUUAUUAAUUAGGAGGAUAACACUAUUCUUCAUUUGGCCCAUUUUUUUAGAGUACUUUAUAAGACUUCGAACGCGUAUUAACCGUCUCUGUCAAUUUAACAGGCAACAUAGCAAAAAUAUAUUUACGUAUUUCCAGUAGCCCUCGGGUCAUAUUAACUUGUUUUGCAGGAUGCCAAAAUAUAAUAUGCUAGAAGUUAUACUAAAUAAUGUGUUGUAUUUUGAAUAGGUAUUUGGUGAGAAAUUGGUAUAAUUUUAGUAAAAAAAAAUAAAUGGUUGAAGGAAAAUGGAAAAUAUGUUAUAUUAUAUGAAUCUAAAUAUUAUAUUAGUAUUUUAAAUUAUUGUAUACUUCAAAAAAAAAAAAAAAAUGAACUUCAAUAUUGUGUAUCAAUUACAAAUAACGUACAUUUUUAUAGGUUUUUAUAAAUAUUAUAUAAUAUGUAAAUAUUUCUUCGGCGAACCAUUGUUGUUAUGGAUCAGAAAACUUGAUUUAAUAGUUUAAGCCAAUAAUAUUACCUAUACAGUAUAGAUAGUUAUUUAAAGUGUUGAUAACAUAUUAAUAUUAUUUUUUUUUUUUUUUUAUGUUUGUAGGAAUGCACCCUGUAUGGGUGGCAUUGCCAUUAUGGUUGGCUCUAUGUACAUCACUACGAGCCGAAGUGUAUACAGCACUCUCCGAACUUGAAGAGUUGUUAGAAACUGAAUCUGUACUUUUAAGAACUUUGCACCAAUAUAUUACUGAUCAAGAGCACAGAAUAGCAAUAUUAAAAAAGUAUUAAUCAAUGAUUAUUAAUAUAAUUUUAAAACAAAUUUAAAACUAAAGAAUUUUAAUGUGUUAAUUUAAUCCUAAGGCAUGCUGAGGACUAUGAAAAAGAACACUCAAUUGCAGCCAGAGAUGUUACUAAUUAUCUAUCAAAUCCGAUCAAUGAUUAUUUACUGGUGAAACGUUUAACCAGUGAUUGGCAUAAAACAGAAAAAUUGAUGCAAGACCCAUAUUAUGAUGGUAAGUUCAUAAUACAAAUAAAUUAUUUAUGAUAAUAAUUAUUGAAUAUUUUUAGCUGCUAUGCAAAAUCUUACUCAAUAUCGUGAACUCCUUAAGUUCCCAACUGAUGAAGAUUUAACUGGUGCUGCAACUGCCCUAAUUCGAUUACAAGACACAUAUAAACUUGACACAGCUUCAGUUGCCAGAGGAGAACUAAAUGGAAUUCAAUACAGUACUCAACUCUCUGGUAAAUAUUCUAUAUAUUUAAAAAUAAAAAAAAAAAAUUAGAAGAAAUUCAUCAACUUUCUUUGUUUUAGCUGGUGACUGUUUUGAACUUGGACGUCAGUCCUACAAUGGCUAUGAUUUUUAUCAUACAGAACUGUGGAUGAGUGAAGCUUUAAAAAGACAUGAACAAGAGAGAUCUAAUUCAACAGUCCGUUGGGAGAUCUUAGAAUAUCUUGCAUACUCCACUUUUAUGCAAGGUAAAUAAUAAAAUAUAAUUGAUAAAUACAAUUUUAAUACAAUAUAUUGUAUAUACCUACUAUAUUUAUUUUUACAGGAAAUUUAAAAAAGGCAAUAGAUUUAACUACUGAACUGUUGGCAAUACUUCCAAACCAUGAACGUGCUCUAGGUAAUCUAGCCUACUAUGAAGCUGCAUUAAAAAAUGGAACCACCGAAAUUGAAAAAAAAGAACCAUCUCCAAAAGUUGCUUCCACAAUGUUAGAUCCAGAAGAAAGAGAUCGCUAUCACAUGCUGUGUAGAAAUGAAAACUUAAUGUCAAUUGAACUCAGUUCUCAACUUCGAUGCCGUUAUACACAUAAUAAUAAAAAUCCUCUUUUAUUAAUUGCGCCACUUAAAGAAGAAGAAGCUUAUUUAAGUCCUCGGAUAGUUCUUUAUCGAGAUGUUUUAUAUGACAAUGAAAUAGAAACUAUCAAGCGCAUGGCCCAGCCACGAGUAUGUUUGUUUUCCUGGAUUAAAAAUGUGUUUUUAAUAAUUUUAAAUUUAAAUUUUAGCUUAAAAGAGCUACUGUGCAAAAUUAUAAAACUGGUGAAUUAGAAUUUGCUGAUUAUCGAAUAAGCAAAUCUGCUUGGUUAAAAGAAGAUGAAGAUGUUGUAGUGUCAAAUGUCGCUAAAAGAGUUGAAUCUAUGACAGGCCUUUCAGUUGAAACAGCUGAGGAACUUCAAGUUGUUAACUAUGGAGUAGGUGGUCAUUAUGAUCCACAUUAUGAUUUCGCUAGAGUAUGUAUAUUAAUUGCUAAUAUUCAAUGAUAUGUAUUUUAAUUUGUAAACAUGAAUAAUAAUUACUUAGUCAGAAGAAACGAAUGCGUUCAAGUCAUUAGGAACUGGAAAUAGAAUAGCUACAGUUUUAUUUUAUGUAAGUAAUUAUUAAAUCAAAAGCCAUAUGAAUGUUUUAUUUUUUUUUUUGUAAUUAUCGUUUUAUAAUUGUAGAUGAGUGAUGUUCCUCAAGGAGGUUCUACUGUAUUCCCUUGGUUAGGCGUAGCAUUACAGCCUGUUAAAGGAACAGCUGCUGUGUGGUUUAAUUUAUUUCCUAGUGGAAAUGGAGAUCUUAGGACUAGACAUGCUGCAUGCCCUGUACUUCAAGGAUCGAAAUGGGGUAUUUAUUUUUUAGAUAAUCGUUUAUCCAUUUUUUUUUUUUUAUUUUAUAAACAUAUUUUCAAAUUAUUAAUUAUAUGUAUUUUUAUUUCAGUGUGUAAUAAAUGGUUACAUGAAGCGGGACAAGAAUUUAAAAGACCAUGUGAUCCUAAAGAAAAUGUCGAACAAACUUCCAGUCAAUAAUUUUAAACAAAUUUGAAUUUUUUAAUAUAAGUUGAUUUUUUUAAAUGUUUAAUAUUAUGACAUUAUAGAACAAAUAUACAAAUUCUACUUUUGUACUAUAUACAAUAUUUUUACAAUUGUGAUAAUUUUUUUUUUUUUUAAUUGAUCUUAUAAUGUUUGUAUUUAGUCAAAAUAAAAAACAUUUAUAUGAACUAUAAAUAUGAGUUUAUUUAAUGUAUAAUUUUUACUAAUUGAUAGAUAUUAUUAAUAUUAAUACUAUAUUAUUCAGAAUAUCUAAAUAUUUAGUUUAAACAUGUUAUCUAUAUAUUAGUCAUUGAUUGAACAAUCAAGAAUUGUAAUUUAUCAAAUAUAACACAAGACUUGAUACGUUUUU